UCACUUGUCACAACGUAGUGGUUAUUCUAGUUUAUUGGUCUCUGGUGGUUAUAUUCUCUUUGCUUGUCACUUACCUGCUUCUUUACAGACCCAUGAGACCUUAAAUUAGGGUUAGGUCACGUUUAUUAUUUCUCUAUAUAGUUUUGUAUAAUUGUAAGAAUGGAAGAUUUCGAAGAUACGGAAUUUGUGGCUUCAGAACACGACAGAUUAAUAAGUGCGGUGUCCAAGUUAGAUAAAACGCAGCACAUAACCGAACCAACACGAAAUGAACCCACGAUCCUAAAUUCUGAAUUUAACUUGGUCAAGAGAUCGUCUAAAUUAAAGAUUCAUAAUGUUGUCAAGAUUUUAGGCGACACAGCAGGCCACGUCAAAACUAGUAAGAAAUUAUUGAAGACUCAAACGGAUUCAAAAGUUCUACCUAAGCCUUUGGAAAAACCGCAAGUAGAAAAAAUCAAGCGAGCUACUGGUUACACUCAAACGAAAAAAAAAGUUGGACGUUGGGACCCUGUAGUUGCCAGGAAUCGAACUGUAGACUUUGUCUCAUUACCUUUGAAGCAGGUUUCAUCUAAACUGCAGUCUACAAAUGAGUUUUUGUCUAAAUUGAAAGCAAAGUCUGAUCUGGAGCUUGCUUUGGAUGAAAUAGACCCACCAAUAGAAAUGGAAAAGGAGGAAGAAGAAGAACCACUAUAUCCUAUGUCAUAUGAGGAGAUGGUUGAACACAGACAACAUCUAGCUAAGAUACGCGCUCAAGAAUCAUACAAGGCAGCAAAAGCCAAGCGCCAGAGCAAGAUUAAAAGUAAGAAAUAUCACCGAGUAUUGAAAAAGGAAAGGUUGAAAAAACAACUAAAAGAAUUUGAAGAGCUACAAAAAACGAAUCCAGAAGAGGCACUGCAAAAGUUAGAGGCGAUUGAAAAAUCAAGAGCUUUAGAGCGACACACAUUGAGACAUAAGAACACAGGAAAAUGGGCGAAAAACAAAAUGAUCAGGGCUAAAUAUGAUAAGGAGGCAAGACAACAAAUAGCAGAACAACUUGCAGUCAGUAGAAGUCUAACACAAAAAACAAAAGAUGUUGAGAGUUCUGAUGAUGACGAGGACAACAAUGAAGUUAUUCCAGAUCUUGCAUUAACACAAGACCCCAUGAACCCCUGGAUGAUGCAACAAAAAGAUAAAUCUAAUGUGGAUGCCGAAUUUAAUUUUGGGUAUAAGAAAUAUUUACAAGGCAAAGGCCUAAAACAGAAAGAAGAUAGUGACAGUGAGGAUGAUAAAACAUUUGAUGAUAAUCAAAAUGAUACUGUGGAUGAAUUACCAAAUAAUCAGCUUUUAACAUUAAAAGAAAGAAUCAAUAAGCUGGUACAAGAAGCUGAAGGGGAAAAUUAUGAUAAUUUAAAUGGUGAAGAAGAUAAUAAAAAUCCUGUCUCUAGUGCUGAAGUUACAGAAAAACCACAUGGUAAUGUCAACGAAAAAGCAAAGCAUAAAAAUAUGUUGGAUAUGGAUAUUUCUACACAACAAAAUAAAAAUUCUCAGACAAAAAAAUCAAGAAAAAACAAAAAUACCUUAAAGAUGGAAGUAGUAAAGGCUAAGAAGCCAAAAAAAGAAAAUCUUGUUGCUACUUCUACCUGGACUGUUGAAAGUGUAACUGAUAAACAAAAAGAUAAUUAUAAAGAAGAAAUGUUAGAAGCUUUUGAAUCACUUGAAAAUGAGUUAGCACAAAAAGUGGAACAAAAAUUAAAAUCUCUCAGAAAAAACAUUGAGAAUGUAAAAAAAUUGACAGAAUCCAUGGAUAAAAAUGAAAAGAAAGGUCAGAAAAAGUCUCAAAUAGACAAUAUAGAAUAUCUAAAAUUAAGAAAUAAAAUACCAAAAGUUAUCAUUGAUGAAGAAUUAAUAGAAACUACAUCAAAAUCAAUACCAGAAAUUGUGGAAAAUAAUGCAAAACCUAUUCCUGAAGUUACGAUGGCAGAAGAAGAGCCCAAGUCAAAAGAUGACAAUAUAGACCCCAGUACAUUCAUAGAAGUUAAACCAAAAUUUUUAAAUACUAUGUUACCUGGGGACCAAAAUGAAUUUGAUGAAUUGGAUGAUGAUGAGCAGGUUGUGCCAAGAGUUAAUAUAGAAGAAGUAUUUGAGGAGGAUGAUGUUGUAGCAAGUUUCCGGAAAGAGAAGGAGGAUGAAAUCAACAAGGACAAGCCAGAAGAAAUUAAUUUAACUUUACCAGGCUGGGGAGCUUGGGGAGGCAAAGGUGUAAAAGCUCCAAAACGCAAGAAAAAUAGAUUUAUAAGUAAACCUAUCCCAGAGAUACCAAGGCGGGAUGAUAACAAAGGAGACAUUAUUAUUAAAGAAUAUAAGGAUCCAAAACUAGGUUUACACAAAGUUAAGGAGUUGCCAUAUCCCUUUAGAAGUGUAAGAGACUAUGAAGCAUCAAUAAGGUUACCAUUGGGUAAUACUUUCAUUCCUGAAAAGGCACAUAAGAAACUGAUAAAGCCAAGUGUGAUCACUAAAGCUGGAAUGAUCAUUGAACCUAUGGAUGAAGAUGAAUUGCUUACGAAGAAACACAGGAAUUUCAAAAAUGAAGCAGUAAUUAAAAUUAUAAAUAAAGAUUAAUUAUAUGUUUUAAAAUA